GGCGGGGGCCGCUCGUGCGGGCCCGGUGUCCGAACGCGGGGCAGCCCCUGGCCUCCCGGGGCUCUGGGUCCUGGGGACAGCCAGGCAGGAGACAGCCCCGAAGGCGGCGUGUUGCUGGGAGAAUGCAGGGAAGGAGAGGCAUGCCGGGCAAAGGGCAGGAAAGGGCUCGCACCCGGACCCAGGCCCUUGCGGCUUGGAGCAGCACAGAGAACUUGAUAGGUUUUGCGGGAUGUUGCAUAUUGUCUUAAUAAUGCAAGGCCGAGGACUUUCAAGAUUGGUUGAGAUUUGCUUAAAUUUUUAAGAUUUGUGUUUCCAAAAAGUCAGCUUGGCUGUAAUGAGUGAAGUGGGAGGAGCCAGAUUGAAGGUGAGUUGUGGCUGGAAGUUGGGGUGGCAGCGGGGAUGGAGGGGUUCAGGACACGGUUUGGAGGCGGUGCUGGGCGUGUGGGGCUGUCAGGCUACCGCCCGAGGGAGGAAAGGGGUGUUCACGGUGACUGCUAUGGGUCUGGCAUGAGGAACUGGGAGGUUGGAAAUGCCAUUUGUUAAACUGGACAAGGAGAAGUCAGACAAGGUUUGAGAUGCCUGAGGGACAGCUGGGUUCGACAGGCUGAGCUCAGACAGGAGCUGAGAUAUGCAUUUGAGAGUCAUGGGCAUCUGGACAGUGUUCCACACUCUGUGCCUCGCGUUCAUCAAGGUGCUUGCACACAGGAGGGAGUCUGAGGUUGGGAAGAGUUCCAGAGCCCGUGCUCAGCAUCCGCAGGGCUGAGAGCCUCCACCUUUGGAGGGGGCUGGCACAGUUGGCAGAAGAUGGUUCUCAUGUCUUCUCCGCUCAGAACCUGGGUUUCCUUCCAGAUCCUGUCCACCAUGGCCAGGCGCCCUCGGAGCAGCAGAGCCUGGCAUUUUGUCCUGAGUGCAGCCCACCGAGAUGCGGAUGCCCGGGCUGUGGCUCUGGCAGGGACCACUAGCUGGGGCUACGACUCUGACGGGCAGCACAGUGACUCAGACUCCGACCCCGAGUCGUCGGCCCUGCCGCCGCCCAUCCCCAGCGCCGUGCCCGUGACCGGGGAGUCCUUCUGUGACUGUGAUGGCCAGAGCGAGGCCUCUUUCUGCAGCAGCUUGCACACGGCACACCGCGGCAAGGACAAGGACUGCCGCUGCGGCGAGGAGGACGAGCACUUUGACUGGGUGUGGGAUGACCUGAACAAAUCCUCGGCCACUCUGCUGAGCUGUGACAACCGGAAGGUCAACUUCCACACAGAGUACAGCUGUGGCACGGCGGCCAUCAGGGGCACCAAGGAGCUGGGGGAGGGCCAGCACUUCUGGGAGAUCAAGAUGACUUCACCGGUCUACGGCACCGACAUGAUGGUGGGCAUCGGGACGUCAGACGUGGACUUGGACAAGUACCACCACACAUUCUGCAGUCUGCUCGGGAGAGACGAGGACAGCUGGGGUCUCUCCUAUACGGGGCUCCUCCAUCACAAGGGCGACAAGAUGAGCUUCUCAUCGCGGUUUGGCCAGGGCUCCAUCAUCGGCGUGCACCUGGACACCUGGCACGGGACACUCACGUUCUUCAAGAACAGGAAGUGCAUAGGCGUGGCGGCCACCAAGCUGCAGAACAGGAAGUUCUACCCGAUGGUGUGCUCCACGGCGGCCAAGAGCAGCAUGAAGGUGAUCCGCUCGUGCGCCAGCAUCACCUCCCUGCAGUACCUGUGCUGCUACCGGCUGCGCCAGCUGCGGCCCAAUUCCGGGGACACGCUGGAGGGGCUGCCCCUGCCGCCCGGCCUCAAGCAGGUGCUGCGCCACAAGCUGGGCUGGGUCCUGAGCAUGAGCUGUGGCCGCCGCAAGCCCCCCACACCCUCCCCCAAGGACACGGCCAAUGCCAGUGGCCCUGAGACCCGGCACUACCAGAGGAAACGCUGCCGACGGACCGAACUUCUUUCCCCGUGAAAACUGCUUUCCCGGGCCGAGCGGCUGCAUCCUCCGUCCCUCCCUUCUGACCGGGCUCCAGAGGGAGCACUCGGGCUGAGUUCUUGUCUUGGCAUCUGCCCCUCUGCCCCCCUGCCCACCCGACGCUGGGACAGACUCCGUGGCCGAGAGCAUCUGUUUCCUGCACCGCGUGUGGAAGCAGCUACCCUGGCUCUUCUGGACCGACUGCGGGCAUGGAGGCCGCCCAGGAGCUGAGGUCGCUGCCUGCGAGGAUGCCGCUAGCCACGGCCCACGAAGUUGCCGCCGGCCUUGAGUUUCCCUUCACUUGCUUUUGCAUGUCGUCAGCAACUGUUCCUCCUGUCCCAGACUGAAAUGACCGUAAUAAACUUAGACUUUACGUAA